GACACCGGGUCUCCAUUAGAAUUGUUUGGUUUUCCUUGAACAGUCUAGCAGCUGCAUACUGAUGAAAGAUGGCAAGUCUUCUGGAAGUCUGGACAAAUUGAUCAGUCACUAACAGUAACAGGAUUCAUCGAGCAAAGCAGGAGGAGUAUGGAAGCGCUAAUAGCGUCAUACGCUGACGAUUCUUCUGACUCCGAUUCUGAGCCAUCAGCUUCCACAUCCAUUGCUGAAGAGACAAGACUGACCCCUCUGCCUCCACCUCCUAUUUCCCUUCUUCACCCGCCCAACUCUCUCGUUUCGUUGGACUCCUUGCCAACUACUCAAGUCAAUCGCGUUCGAAGCUUUCCUCAUGUUGAAGGCAAUUAUGCUUUACACGUCUACAUCCCAGUUCAUAUACCAUCUGCAACAAAGAAGGAGCUGGCCAGUUUUCUGAAGAAGGUCACAGCUCUUGUACCUACUCUACAUGCUGUUGAUGUUGAUGUACCAUUGAGUAGUUUGUUGAAAGAUGAAGCCUUGCUUGAAAAAAUGGUGUUAGGUAGAGAGUUUCAUAUUAGUUUGGGAAGAACUGUCCCACUCCGCGUGCAUCAGAUUAAUUCGAUGGUCUCCAUGCUUCGCCAGAAGCUUCAGUUUCAGAGGAGGUAUUUAAUAGAUUUUAACAAAUGGGAGAUCUUUGUCAAUGAUGAUUCAACUCGCACAUUUAUGUCAUUGGAAGUGGUAGCAGGAGGCUUAGCUCAGGGAGGAAGCUUACUUGUAUUUUGUGUGCCUCAGAUAAGAAAGCAAAUCCAAGGUGUUAAUGAAGUCUACAAACUUCACAACCUUCCGGAAUUUUACAAGGAUCCACGCCCUCACAUCUCAGUAGCUUGGGCAUUGGGGGACAUCAGUGACACCCUGAAGAGAAUGGUGGAAGAAGAGAUGAAGAAAUACACAGCGCGUUCGGGUUCACAGCAGAAAUGUAUUUUCACAAGUAAAUUCAGUGGCAUUUUGUGCAAAAUAGGCAACAAGAUGCAUGAAAUCUGCAAGUUUCAGGAAGAAUAGCAGUUAUUUGUAGAUUACUAAUUAACCUUUGCAGUUCAAACGACUAUGCAUCUCCCAGAAGGCUAAUUAGAAGGACUUGUUAUUGUAAAAAGUCGAACUGAACGAGAGGAAAGGCAGCUAUUGUUGAUAGGUUUGUCGUUUUAAUGAAGACAACAAGAGAGAGGUCCGCUCCAUUCUAGAAUCUCUGCCAAAUAUGUGCUGAAAGAAGAUAACAAGUGAUGAGGGCAUAUUCCCAACAUAUCAAUGAUGUAGUAACUCGUAAAGGGGUUCGACUUGUCUAAUUUUUUGAGUUCUAGGUUGAUUAUUUGAGGAAAACAUAUUUGAGAGUGAGCCCUUAAAAUGCUAUUCUGCUCCUUUUAGAUGCAUAUCUGGACGAAUUCUAAGCUGUAUGAAGUGACCUAUAUCGCUAUUUAUGAAAAGAUAAAAAACACUUCCGUCUUGGA